UAGGAACAGAAUCUUAGUGCUCUUGAUUCGGUUUAAGCAAAGUUACGCAAUACGCGAUGGAAUAUUUGAGUUUUGAUUUGUCGUCUAAGUCGCUUAUUUUAAAAAAGCGAGAUAUUCUUCCUAAGCCAGCAGCAAAUGAAGUACGCAUUAAAAUUGCAUAUUCCGGAAUCUGUGGGACAGAUCUUCAUAUUUUGGAAGGUUCCUUUCCAUGCAAAGAGAAUGAGCCUUUAACUCUUGGGCACGAAUUUGUAGGUACGAUCGACGAACUUGGAUCGGAAGUGACCAUAUUUAAGGUCGGUCAACGAGUCGCCGUGGAUCCUAACAGCGGAUGCAACAAAUGUGAUCAUUGUCACAACGCAAAUUAUCAUUUUUGUAAAUUCGGCGGUAUAAAUAAUACAAUAGGAAUUUUUAGAGACGGAGGAUGGGCCACACACGCGCUUGUUCCGGAAACGCAGGUUUAUUUGAUCUCAGAUGAAAUUAAAAUGCAUCAAGCAGUGCUGAGUGAACCUUUGUCGUGUCUUGCUCACGGCUGGGACAAGCUCAAUCCCGUAAAUGUAGGAAAUAGAGUUCUUGUAAUAGGUGCUGGUAUCAUAGGUUUAUUAUGGGCCUGUCUACUUCAUUUACACGGUCUUAGGAAGACUGUCACUAUUAGUGAACCGCAACAAAAACGGAGAGAACUCGCCGCCCACAUUGGUCUAGAUUAUCAAGUUAAAAAUCCAAACGAAAUAAAAGAAGAGUUUGAUAUAGCCGUGGAUUGCAGCGGCUCUGCUCCUGCGAUGGAAGCGGCCAUUUCUUUAUUAGAUCAUGGUGGUCGCUUGUGCGUAUUCGGUGUCGCUAAUCCAAAAGCGAAGCUGUCAAUUGAACCAUUUCAGGUUUAUAAGAAAGAGCUGACUAUCAUAGGUGUGAUGGUAAAUCCUUAUUCUUUUCUUAAAGGAUUAGCUUUGUUGCAGCCGAUGUCUGAGAAAUAUCUCGAUUAUAAUAAGCUAGGAAUUAAGAUAUUCUCUUUGUCCCAAUAUAAAGAAGCUUUGGAUGCGCUGAAAAAAGGAGAGAUAAGCAAGGCUGUUUUCAAAUUGUGAAAUGGAAUUUUUAUAUUACGAGUAUCAUGGCGUCGAGAUUCAAAUACAAAUUACGAUAUUAACAAGUAUAAAAUCGUAUAAAUUUGUAAAGAGUAUAUAAAAACGACGCCUGUGGGGUCUUCUUAUUUUAUUGAGAUUCUAUAUUCUUAUUUUUACUUUUGGAGGUUUUUACUAUUGGAGGUUAUAUACCAUAUGAUAUGCCUUGUUAAAAAAAAAAAAAAAGAUUUAGUUAUAAGUGUGCAUAAGUAGUCAAGAAACAUGUGCCUGAUGAAACACAUUAAAUGUUAUCUUAUUUACGUACGUACAAGUAACAUACAUAAAUACAAAUAAUAUAUUGCCUAAAAACUA